CUUAUGAUCACAUAUCAUUAUUUGUCAAUAAAGGCAAUUUUGGUUGUACAGAGGUUUUAAACAAUUUUGUGAAAUAAUGUCGAAGGAACAAACUCCACUCUCACAGAAUGGACAGUCCCCUACGAUGUAUAAUGAGCCACCUCCAGCUUACCCAGGAAAUUACAACCAACCUGGUGGAUAUCCUGCACAGCGAGAAUCCACUGGGUAUGGAACACAACAAUCUAAUCCGACCGUUGUUGUCACUGGGCAGCCGACAGUUCUUAUACAACAAUUCAGAGAGGCACCUGUUCGUACCCAUUGUCAAAGCUGUGGAGCAGACAUCCUAACGUCAACUCACUAUGAAACGGGAACAAUGACAUGGGUUGUUGCUGGUGUGAUGUGUAUUAUAGGGUUAUGGAUUGGGUGUUGUUUAAUCCCUUUCAUCCUGGAUGCCUGCAAAGACGUAAUCCAUACUUGUCCUAGCUGUCAUAAAAUGGUUGGCCGCUACAACAGGAUGAACUGAGAUGCGGAAUGAUUUAAUGUUUCAACUAUAAUGAUAGGACUAACACAUAGAAAAAUAUUUAAAAAUAAAAUACUGGACAUUCAG